UGCAGCAUCCAUGGCAUUGGCAUUGCAGACUCGGACUGCAGCCAGCGAUGUCGUCGGUGAUCUAGAUCAGACAGGGCGACAUACAGGUAGACGUUUUCUUCAACAGAUAGUGAAGCUGAAAGAGUAUGACGACAAGUGGUGGGGCUCUUUGGAAUGUUUCAUUAAAGGCACUCGCAUGGACAAAUUUGAUCUCGAUCUUGAUGCUGCAACAUGUUCACGAAUUCACCAAGUGUUCUCGAGUCAUGUGCAUGGUCCAGAGAGUAGACAUGAUGGAAAUGAAGAACUUAAAGAAGAGCAAGAUUUGGGAUUUUGGCCCCGUGUUCGACAACAAGUGUCUGAUCAAAGGAUCAAAUUGUCAAAAAUGUACAACAGGGCCAAGGAGUCCCAGGCACCGUAUGAGGAGGUUAUCAGCCUUCAUCAUGUCCAGCAGUUUUUGGAACUCCUGGCUGAUAUCUUACACAGGACAUCUUGUGGUUUAGUUCCAAAAGAAGCAGCAUUCAUGAAUUUAUUCCAGAGGUAUGCUCAGCUGUGUAAAUUGUAUCUCAGUCCUGGAGAUACCAUCACCCGCAAGAUGACGGUUCUCGGAUAUACAGUCAAAUCCAUGCCUGAUUUCCAGUUCCGAAGCAAGGAUGAGAGCAGAAAUGAGUUCUUGGUGAUAACUGUUGGAGAGUGCAAGCCAUCUGUGUGUCGUAAAGGUUCAUCUGAGAAGACAUAUGGUCAUGAUAGCCCAAGCACAAUUGCUGCAAAAAGACGUCGACUGAGUGGUUUGCCAGAAAAGCAAGACCAUGACGCUUCUGUUCAUGAUAAAGCCGUGCAACAUAGCCCCAGAACAGCACACAGACUGAGUGAAGAUGAAGUCGCCAUUGCUGAACUUGGCUGCAAACUGAGCGGACAACAUGCUUGUGAUCUCCUGUUGGAACUGCCUCAUUCAGCCAUGAAAGCAUAUGGGAGGGGAACCUGUAUGCUUGGACUUAUCAUUGAAGGAACUAAGGUGCGAUUGACUUGCCUUGAAAUGAAAACAGAACAUCUGGAGAAGAUUCAGUCCUCGACAGAACCUAUUGAUGAUGAAGAGGCAACACUCCACUAUACCAGAGCAUACGAUAUGUUGAAUUGCAACGACCGGAAACAUUUGGAUUACAUAUUACUGACUCUGGCCUUCCUAAAUCCACACAUGUAGUGCCCCAAGAAAGAGUACGGUCACUCUGCGUGAAGGUGCCACAUACAGAGCAAACGAAACUGGUUUUCUGCCCGUCAACAGAUGGGAGGCAACUUCCAUGCAUAUGGGCUUCCGUAUUCGACUGGAGCCAUGUUCUAGCAAACACUGCUCAAGUGGACAAAGAUGGACAUCCAUGCAUUGUAUGCUUGAGGGGGCUAGGGGAUGGUGAAUAUACUGGACUGCUCGAGGGAGAACAUUACACUGAUCCAUAAUACACAAAGUAACCUACUAGAUAUUUGACAAGGGAGCUCAUCAAGGCCUCUGUCGAGCUCAUUUGCUAUGGUGUUGGUGGGACAGAGAACACCAGCCCCAUGGCUUUGGCUCUGUCCAAAAGUGUAUGAUGGACUAGUGCAGUGUGUUACAGGCCUCCUAAAUGCUCACUGUAUCAUGUUCCAGAUUGCCCCUGUAUACAUAUACAUCCAGGACAAACAAGCAGGGGAAUAGGACAGAUUGUAGGGAACAAGAGUCCAUUCAGUCGAGUUCCAAGAGGAAAUGGUGAAAACUGGCACAUGCAUUGGGAAAUCUAUCAUGGAUUGCAAAUAACCUUGGCAUCAUUUUCACUUGUUCCUCGAGUAUAAACAAUUUCUUGACCUUGAACAGAAGGGAGAAAGAGGACAUCCAGUUCGAUAGAAAAUUAAUGAGUGUUCUCUUUAUUACACUUUUUUUCAAUAGAAAUCAUGGAAAGAACGAAACAUUAUUCUUAAUGAGAGACUGACUCAACUCACUAGAAAUAGGCAAAACAAACAAAAUGGCAGUGAAACUAGCUAUCUGGCAAGAACAUUUUAGAGAAUCUGUCAUGAUAGUCUCAUUUCAAUCUAUAGAAAAAGGCUUUGAUUGCUUUGCCUUGAAUGGUGCCUGGAUCAUUAAACAACUUGUCUCACAA